AUGGAAACUAUCCGAGAAUAUUCACUUCAAUGGGAAGUUACAAAAUCAAAUUAUAGUGAUCCUCGUACAGCGGAUUUCUUUAUGAUGUCAUCUCCCGUACCAACAGCACUAAUUUGUCUUGGAUAUCUUAUAUUUGUAUUAUUGGGGCCAGCAUUCAUGAAAGAUCGAAAACCAUAUAAUAUCCGUAAUAUAUUGUUCGUAUACAAUUUUCUGAUGGUAGCCUUAUCCGGAUAUCUUUUUUAUGAGUUUCUUGCGUCUGGAUGGUUAGCGGGAUAUUCUUUAGCAUGUCAACCGGUUGAUUAUUCAUUGACACCACAAGCAAUACGGAUGACACGUGUAUGUUAUCUAUUUUAUAUAAGCAAAUUUAUUGAAUUAAUGGAUACGAUAUUUUUUAUCAUGCGAAAAAAUUUUCAUCAAGUAACAGUUCUACAUGUUUUACAUCAUGGUAUUAUGCCCAUUUCUUGGUGGUUUGGUGUGAGAUUUGUACCAGGAGGAUUUGGAACAUUUCAUGCUUUAUUAAACUCAUUGAUACAUUUUAUCAUGUACUUGUAUUAUGGAUUAGCAAGUUUGGGACCAAGAUUUCAAAAAUACUUGUGGUGGAAAAAAUAUAUGACAUCAAUGCAAAUGCUUCAAUUUAUCAUGGUAAUGAUUCAUUCAAGUCAAUUACUUUUCAUCAAGUGUCAAUAUCCAAUGUUAUUCGUCUACUGGAUUGGACUUUAUGCCGUUAUGUUUCUCUUAUUCUUUUCCGACUUUUUUAUUAAAACCUAUUUAAAGCCAUCAAAAAGAAAAACAUCAACAACACCAACGAAACGUGUUUCAUUUCACGAAUCGGCACAAAAAAAACAAUCCAAUGGUUACAUUAAACAUGAUUAA